AUGUCGCAGCCCGACGAAGCCAGCGUCGGCAAUGCCGUGGCAUCGUCCGCCACGGGCACGACGUUCUUGAUUCUGAUUCAAUUGACAUCCAGAAUCUUCACCUUUGCCUCAAAUCAGCUCAUCUUGCGGACCCUUUCGCCAAUCGUGCUGGGUGUUGCUGCCCAGCUUGAGCUCUACCAGGUGUCGAUCUUAUAUUUCUCGAGAGAGAGUAUCCGGCUGGCGAUUCAAAGACAGCCUUUGGUACUGUCCUCCACCUUGAGCAGACAGGGGACAAAUCAGGCCCAAUCUGCGUCACAAGACGGACAAUCAGAGGCCUCGCAAUCUGUGGUGAACGUGUCCUAUUUGAGUCUGCUUCUGGGGUUUCCAUCUGCAAUCAUCUUCACGAUGCUCUAUGAGCGACUGGCACCGAGGCAAGCACUGGGGACUCCCUUCUUCAGAGAAAGUGUACUUGUAACAGGAAUGGCUUCGUUUAUGGAGCUCAGCAUCGAGCCAUUUUUCGCGGUCGUUCAGCAGCACAUGUGCAACGUCUCUGAAUAUUUCUUGGGUCGGUUUUCCCAUCGGCUCACUUCAAUCGCCGCCAGCGUUUCUUUGCAAUCAUUGGUAAAACAUCUUCUCACGCAGGGUGAUUCCAUGAUGCUUGCUACCAUGUCUAGCUUGGAAGAUCAGGGUAUCUACUCACUCGCAUCAAACUACGGAGGUCUCAUUGCCCGCAUCAUUUUUCAACCGCUUGAGGAAAGCAGCCGAAACCUUUUUUCCACCCUCCUCAGCCCCAACGGUAGCGGAAAGCGAGAUAAGCAGCAUAUUCGCCUUGCCAAAGACCAUAUGGUUGAGCUUCUACACGCUUAUCAACUGCUAGCUGUUCUGGUCUUUCCGCUUGGUCCAGUCAUGGUGCCGCAGGUGCUACAGAUUUUGGGCGGGCGUCAAUGGGCCUCCCCAAAAGUCGGUGAUUUGCUCUCGCUGUAUUGCUAUUAUGUCCCGUUUUUGGCCUUUAACGGAAUCACCGAAGCAUUCGUGUCAUCUGCGGCUAACCCAAGGGAAAUCCGAAAGCAGACGGCUUGGAUGGGCGCUUUCUCUGCAUGUUAUGCCCUAGCAGCUUAUCUAUUCCUGGAAAUAUGGUCCAUGGGUGCCUACGGGCUCGUGCUGGCCAACAUCGUCAACAUGAUGGUCCGUACUUUGUGGAGCUACAAUUUCAUCUGCUCUUAUCUACGUCGGCACGGUGAUGGUCUCGUUCUUGGCGAUGUGAGCAUCCAACCCGCCAGUUACAUUCUCGGAAUCAUCGCUACGGCGGCGCUGGCCUCCCGGACGCUGUCAGUAUCGGGUUUGGGUAUCAUCUCGGCGAUUUCAUUAAGUGGUGUCUAUUGUCUUCUGGUGUAA